AUGUUUGAGGGAGCUGACGAUGGCCAUGGGGAUGAGACGGACGAGGAGGAGGAUGAUGAUGAUGAUGAGGUCGAGGAUGGGGAUGGCGCGGAUGGGGGAAUUGGGUCGGAUAUGGAGGAGGGGUCAAACGAUGGAACGGAUGACAGAAUAGAUGGGGAGGGUGACGAGGAUCUCCCGGAUGAUCAGCUGGAUGAUGAGGAGCUCGAGGAGCGUCAGAUACGCCGAGCGGCCGAGAUUGAGGCAGACGAGGCAGCGGCGGAAGAGGCAUACAGCACGGUGGAGAGAGAGUCCCUGGCGGAGGCGCUAGAGCAGCUGAAGCGGCGGAAAGAGGCCGACAGGGUCGGGAGGAGCAGCACAACCAAUCCUUGGUCGAAAUCCAGCAAGUCCUUGUCGACGCUUAGCGUACCACCUCGUUCUUCCAAAAGGCAGGCCGGUAUGACAAAGCGGAGCAAGGCCCUAUCCAAGCAGUACUAUCCCACCGCCAACAUGCUCAGCCCAGAUGCAGCUCGACGCGUCAUUGCGACCGCGGCCGACUACAGCCCAGUCUGGGAUGACAAAUGCAAGAAGGGGGACUUCCUCUUCUACAUUCCUCGCGAGGAGCAAAUGGCCUGCCUCCUAUGCGGUACCGGUCGACUCACUCCGCGCCGCAAGCGCUGGUCGCAGGUGCCAUACUUCCCCAUCACCCCUCGCCUCGCCGCCCUUAUGUCCAACUCCAAGUGGUAUGAAAUUCUUCUUAUCGGUCUACCUUUCUCGGCUCGGCCGACCUGUACGGCGAUACCUUCCUUGGUUCAAGGCAUCUGGAUCUGA